AUGUACACUUACCUGCCAUAUUUCCUUGUAAUCCUUGACGGUUGCUUUGCCAGGCGCUCUCAUAAAGUUCGGUACGAUACAACCGACUUCCGGGCUUACCUGUUUGGCUCCUCGGAUAUCUGGUCGAAAUAUUUUGAGCCAGGAGCUGCUUUUCAUUCUUAUACAAUAAAGGAACCCUCAACACCUGUUCAAUUCGACAACCUGAAUUACUACUGGCAUGGGUUUUACGAAAAAACUUCUGAAACCACUAAGAAAAUCUGUAAAUAUGGAAUAACAGAGGCAGAUGGUGAACUUCAAAAUGUCAGAUUUGAAAAUGGCACGAGUCCGAAAGCAAUAAGCUUCGGAUGCAGCAAAUGGGAUGAAUGUUGUGGAUUCAAGUGCUGUAAUAAUAUUCAGGGGUUCCUGGUGAUGAUGGGUUGUAUUGCAUUCAUGUUUCUAGUUGUACUCGGGGUCUUUUAUUUUGGUUAG